GGUGAGGCUCAGUAGUGUCUGUGGCCCGUGAGGAGUGAGGGCGUGAGGCUCAGUAGUGUCUGUGGCCCGUGAGGAGUGAGGGCGUGAGGCUCAGUUGUGUCUGGUCCGUGAGUGACUCAACAUGGUCCAUACGGAAAUGGUGACUGUGGGAACAAUCAUCGUUAAGUGUGUGUGUGUGACGAUAUUUUGCGCCGCGAUGACCAAUGGACGACAUUCAAGUGGCUCUCUUAAGGUCAAGGGUGCCCGUAUGAUCACAACUCGAGAAAAUUCCUUACCGCUUCACCAGCCUGAGACUGAAUUCCAAAUGCGAAAAGAACAUAACAUGGUAGAGUUGACCUCACAAGAACAAAAAUUCCCCUUGGAGGAGGAUUUGCGAGGCCGGAAGAAGCGGGGAUACGAAUACAUGGCACUGGACUCUUACGCCAACACCAUCACGGAGGACUACUGCCCCCCUUCCUCCCCCUCUCCCUCCAGGUUCUCCGUGUUUGGCUUCCUGAGCAUGAUGGUGUCCAUUACCAUCACUGUCGCCAACGUCCUAAACGCUAUCAAUAAUAAUAACAACAAUAACGACAACAAUGACAACAAUAACAACGAUAAUAACAAUAAUAACAACGGUCUUAGCACUAACGGAGGUAACGGUGACGGUGGAGGCGGUAACAAUGACGCCGUACAACCCCAGAACAACGUUGUCCCCGUCAGGAUUAACCAGGUAGGGCAACAAAACGCCAACGCUGACUUGGGUGCCGACGGAGUACCUGUGUUGACCGCUACCUCAUCCGCCAACUCCAACCCCAACACGAUCUCCUUUGGGGGAAAAAACAUUAACUUCGACAACAACUCGCCAGUGUCCCUCCACACACACUCCUCCUGGGUGGGGAGACUGGCACAUAACUUACCAUAUGUUGAAAUGCCUUUACGUGAUGCACUAAAACAUCCUCCCAGGCCCACACACACUUACUCAAGUCAGUCAAGACAAGGUAAGAAUUUACUUGGUCUCAAGAAAACGUGUUCAUGUAGCAGUAAGUCAACUGCCAGGAGAAUUGAAAACACAUUUAACACCAGUGAAGGAAAUGAUACUGUUGUAGUCCUAAAUACCCUAGAUGAGAGAGAGGCGUUGAGGCAAAGGUACUACAACAUCCUACAGGAGAGAAAAGAUCAGGGUGGCGGUGAGGGCCGUAGAUGGCAGUGGUCCGGCUGUCUGCUGCGUCUCGUGUGUGAACAAGACCUGGAGGCUAAAUACACCAGCGGUCUCGGAAGCGUCUUCGUCAGAAUGUCACGUUUGGCGACGCAGGCGGUGGCGCGGCGGGUAUUGACAUCUGAGGGAGGGACGACUCUGACCCUCACCUCCUCCUGUAGUAAUGUGUCCUGCCCGCCCCUCUCACUCCUGCUGGCGGUUCACCGUACUUCUCCUGUGUGGUGACCUGAGGGAGACACAAGCCAUAUAUUCCAGCCUACCUUGACCUGUACGAUAACUAACCCCCAUCCUCCCCAGAACCAUCUCCUAUACAUCCUCUUCCUCACCCAAAGUCACCUAACCUGAUCUAAUGGUUCAGGUGGAAUGACAUCGUUGGACCACAAGCUCCUGCUCUACUCUAUUACUAUACUAGACGCCAUCAGGUACUACAGUUACAUACUGUGGUGAGGUAGAAUAUCCAUAACGUAUAUCUUACUUCUGCUUCCCUAACAAAGAGAUAAUUAAAUGGUUUAAAAAUAUCCCGAAUGCAGUCUGCAAUGUUAAUUACAAAUUAAUUCUGCAUUACGUACUCCUGAACAUGCUGCUAUCAUUGAGGGGCCCAAUCGUAAUGGCUACUAGUUCGUCUUCGCCUCUAUUAGAAGUGGAAUCCAAUUUAAACCAGAAGUCGACCCUCCCAAGACCAGCCCCACACCCUGAUAUACUGUCGUGCCUGGCCGAGUCUCCUAAGCUUCAAGCAUUAUCUUUGUUUACUGUUAAUGCUUGUAGUUAUGUAAACGAUAAGUUAUGAUGUGUUUUAAGGUAAUAUCAGAUCAAAAUUGGUGUGUGUGUGUGUGUGUCAUAAAUCUGGUGAAGACAGCCAACCCGUCACCUCCUCACGGAUCAGAUGGUGUUGAGGUUCUCUCUCUUCAAGCGUGUACCCCUCUAUGCGAACCCCUUCAAGCGUGACCUCCAUCUAGUGUGACCCUCUUCAAGUGUGACCUCCAUCUUAGUACUAACCCCUUUAAGUGCAAGCCCCAUCAAGCGAUUAAUUUAGAUUUAGCACAGUUGUUCAAGAAAGUAUUGGUUCGUUUGUACAAUACCCUUGAAAAAAAUAAUCCACGAUACAGCCAAUCACAGCCUGGGUGACGAGCGCUCUUGAGUCCGAAAUUAGAGUUAAAAUACCUUACACUCCCAUGAUGAGCUCCUUCCUGUCCGUCGCGUCACAGGUGGGGGCUCAGGUGGUCAACACGAAUGUAAACAAACACACGGACGCCCUACUGCCCGUCACGGUCUCUCGCUCCCUUACUAACGGUGAAGGUGUUGGCCUCGGUCACUGCUCUGGUGUGUGUGUGUGGUCACGUGACCUUGAAGACGAUACUGUUGAUGUAGUGUGAACGUAUGAGAGAUGACCUAGUGAGCUGAAGGAGAGAGGGAAGGAGGGAGGAUUGUAACAGGAAAGUGUUACAAUAGGUAAAUAGCGCACAAGCACACACACUAUCGUGAUCACUUCCAGUACCUUAUACAUUGUUGAUGAUCGUCACUCACAAACAAAUAAAUAAUUCAGAGGUACUGAAUAAUUUUAAACUAAGGAGCUAUGGCGUAUCACCCAGGCAUAAAGUUCUUUGUUCGAGUUAUAAUGUUUGUGUAGUCAGAUGGACUGACACACAGACUGACCCCUACAUUACUCUAUCCCCGUAGCCAAGCACUGAGGGAUAAACAUACUCGUAUACAUAAAGCAACCAUCUGGUAAGUGUACACUCCAACUUCUCAAAUUACAACAAAACAAAAGUAAAUUACCUGACAUAUGUGGUGUCCAGCCAGGUGUCGUGGUGGUGAUAAUGUCCCAGCAGCAGUAGGUGUGUGUGUGUCAUGGGGGGUGGAGUAGGAGUGUGGACGAACAUCAUCCGCCGUGACGACCCAGCUGUCUCAUGACCAAGUGAACUCGUCUAGCGGUUCUCCAGCACCGUAGCCAAGGUGUGGGAUCUUCAGUAGCGUCCUUCUCGCCCCGCCAGGAACCAUCGUCAGUAGCAGCAGCACUAGUAGACCAAGGCGUGGCUUCCUAAGGGGGACAGGAAGGAAACAGAGUCAAUAUUGGUGGAAGAACAUCAGUGGCAGCAUACAGUUUGUCGACUUCGUGGGCAGUGAAAGAGAACACAUCUACCCUGGAGGAUGGUGACGAGUGUGGUGGUGUGGGUGGGUGUGGUGGUGUGGGCGGGUGUGGUGAUAUGUGGGGCGGUGACAGUUUCCCCCAUAUCUCUCUCAUCAUUACCUGUAGCAGUACACACAUUCUCCUCUACAAAUGAUGGAGAGAAUGUCGACGGCAGAAGGCGAGGUAGAAGGUACCUGCCUAUCCGUCUACUAGGGCGGCCUCCCUCCACCACCCAGACACCCGUAAUGUUCGCCCAGGCAAGUGACAGUCAGUACCAGUACAUGCCUGUCAAGGACGACGGUACCAUCUAUGAGCUUGACCCCUGCCCCGCUCCCUCACCCCCGUCAGGAGGAGGAGGAGGCAGUAACGUCUUCUCCCUCCUCACCUUCUCCAUCGUGACGGCCAACGUCCUCAUUAAUGCCGUCUCGAACGUCAACAACAACAACAACCGCAACAAUAACAACAACGAAAAUAACAACAACGGCAACAUCAACAACGAGAAUGUGAGCAACAACCUGGACACCAACAACAACGACAACACCAUCAUGACGGGUCGCGCCCUCGGCAACACCACCUCCUCGUGUGUGUGUCGUGGACAGCGUCGACGUCGGGGAGCAAUCGAGAACAUACCGAAGGAAGCCAGAAAGACAGGGGAAAUGACAUCGAAGGAGACACCACACAGAAAUAGAUCCGACAGGAGCAUACCGACAGUUGAGAAACCGAGGAAGACACCGACAGAGGGAUUAAACCUGACGAUAGAGGCACCAAACAAGCACAUAACCCACGGAAGCACAACACAUGAGCGGGAGGCAGCGUGGGCGAAGCAGUGGGCGGUGUGGGUGAAGGUGUGUGUGCCGUGGGUGGUGUGUGAGACCUCCAGGGCCGCCCCACACACCACCGGUCUCGCCUCCUUCACCACCAGGUUCUCAGGGUUAGCGUCUGGUUUACUGGGUCUCCGCCACAUCCCGACGCAGCUACUGGAGGAAGCAAGAGCUAGGGGCGCCCGGGGGGAGUCCUGUACCCAAGUCUUCCCCUGUCCUCCCCUGGCCAGAGACUUUGAAAUGUUCGCUUGGUGAAUAUUUGUUGUAACUGGUGAUGUGAGGACGUGUAAUUAACUGUUUGAAGGUAAAGCACAGUAAAGGAAGUCUAAAUA